AUUCGAAUAUUCAACUAUUAGAAUAGCAAUUUACUAUUCGAAAAUUUGGUAACAGGUGACGCAACAGGUCAAUUGGAUUUCACAACUCACUUGCGGAUUUCCGACGAUAACACGAGUCUGCAAACGGUUCGAUAGAUACAUAAGUGGUGUUUCUCGCGAGUUCGAACAACGAGGAAUAAUUUUUUUUAGUAGGUGUCAAUGGCGACAACCCAAAUUUUCUAAAUUAGAAUUUCGGGUGCUACCGUAGUAUACGUACCAGGGCAUUUUCCCUUAGUAUACUCUGCUUUGCUGCCUCCACAUUGAUACGUACAGUACUGGAGCACCGUAAAUGUUGUACGAACAGCUCAGAUUUGUCGAAUUCCCAAAAAUACGAAUCAAAACAAGAUAUAUUUGGACACUUUACCAGGCAUUUUUGUGUCCGCGGAUUGUCAUGAUAUUUUCUGAGUAGUAUUCAGUAUUGUUUUCGUUUUGUCAACACAACCGAUAACAAUUAAAUUAAUUAAUAAUAAAGCAAGGCGAUGAAUAUAUAUGUAUUUUUGAUUUACUAAUAUAUUUUUAAUAAGUACUAACUAAAUCAAGUUAGACUUUCUGGAAAGUUAUAGCAGAUAGUAGGAUUUCUAACGGCGAUAACAAAUUCGCAAGAUCGCAAAAAUAUGUAUCAAAAUUAAAUACAAUCGGGCAAUAUAUUCUCACAUUAUUAUGUUUGCAGAUUUUUGAGACGUAUUGUGUCGUAAGUCGGCGCAACCGCGAGUUACCGUGAACACAAUUAAAAUAAAAUAGAAAGAUAUACGGUAAAGAGUACGGUUGCAAUAAACGCACCUUGAGUCCGAAAAGGUUUUCGCCGGUGAGAAAUAGUCCGCGACAAAGAAAGGUUGGGAAACGCGGGUUAAAGUAUAAUCAUACAAACGGCAAAACAAAAAGAAACUUCAGCAGUUGAGCAUGAAAUUUUUUCGUUGGGUUGUCAAGUUAAUAUAAUAUAUAUAAGUAACAUUCCCGCGGGACUCGUUUUUAUUACUUGACACGACCAGUUCCAGUCUCGUGGUAUGAUUAUUUGAAACUAACAUAAUUAAAAUCGGAGGGAGAAAAUUUUUGAGCUUUACUGUACAUGAAAAAUGCAUCACAAGUGCGAGUUCAAAAAUUUGAAUCAAUUCACUUUCAUGUCCGAUCAGGAAUAUUAUUAUUAUCCAUAACUAACAGCGUUGAGUGACUCGUUUUUCAUUGCAUAUAAUAACAAAGCAUGUUGCAGUAUAGUGACAUAAUUAUCAGUUAAAAUUAACAUAUCAACGGAUUUUGAAGAUUUUUUGAAAAACCUACGGCUUCUAGUAUUUACAGAAUUGUAUUCGAAAUAUUCAGUGACUAUCUAUUUUUGCUGUAUCUCUCAUUUAAUUGGAAAUCGUUUAGUUUUUCGUGUGUAAAAAUGCAUCACAAAUGUACGUUCAAAGACUAUAUUGCACUAUUUAAUAUGAUCGCUUGUUGUUUAAAGACGUAUGAGCUUGUUUGUAUGAUCGUCGUUGUCUUUUUAUAUCAGUCAUGUUGCAUAUUUUAGUCUCUUCUAUAUUCUAUUCGAUUUAGCCAAUUUAACAUAAAUUUUUAACAGUAAUUCUUGAUAUGAAAGUAACACUUGGAAGUUUAUUUUGGGAGUUGUGUGUUUUUGCAAUUUUAUUCAACUGCGCGGAGCCGAGCAUUUCCUUGGGUAGAUGCAAUCUUUCAUGCGAUGAAGACCAUCAUGCACAGGUACAAGUCAAUCAGGGUUUAGCAGUAGGACCACCGGGAAAAACAGGCCCUGUUGGCCCGCCAGGCAGUCCCGGACCACCCGGAGUGAGAGGUCCCAUUGGAGAAUCAUGUGAUUGCACAAAAUACGACGACGUUCUCAGCAGGAUAGUACAAAAUCGUUUUCGGGAUUGCGUUGAAGUGAAAUCUGUUAUAAGAACAAGUGGAGUGUCGGUGAUUUUUCCUUCAGAUGAAUAUGGUGGGGUGCAUGUCUACUGUGAUCAAGAUACAGAUGGAGGUGGAUGGAUUGUAUUUCAACGACGAGUCGGAGGUCCGGAAGAUUUUUAUCGAGGUUGGGAUGACUACGUCACUGGUUUUGGCAGCAAAGAGCUGGACUUUUGGUUGGGAUUGGAAAGUAUUCAUCAACUCACAAAUAGCGGAACGUGGGAACUUCGUGUCGAUUUGAAGGAAUUUGACGGAAAUACAGGAUUUGCGAAAUACAGUUCAUUCGCUGUGGCUGGAUCGUCAGACAACUAUCGUCUCACCGUGUCCGGAUAUUUUGGAAAUGCAGGUGACGGUCUGAGCUAUCACAACAAGAUGCCUUUCAGCACGAAGGACAGGGACAAUGACCCUUACACUACGAAGCACUGUGCCACAUCGUACACAGGGGCGUGGUGGUAUAACAAGUGUCACAAUAGCAACCUGAACGGCGUUUACAAUGGGUCAUCUGCGGAAGCAAAAGGAGUCUCUUGGUACCAGUGGCACUCAACCCACGCCAGCCUGAAAUGGGCUGAGAUGAAAAUAAGAAGAUUGGGUUGACAUGACAAAAAUAGUUCGUUUUAAAAACAACAUGACUAUUUCAUGAACAAUUAAUCAUCAUCUUUUUGUCAACACAAUAUGAGUAUAAAGACAUCGUGAAAAAAUAGGGCGAAUGUCAUAACAAAGACUAACUUUUAUCGUGUGACACGAGUCGCGAGGGACCAAGAAAGCCUUACAUCGCAGAGGCUUCUAAAAUUAUCAUAGCUACCGUGUUUCCCCGAAACUAAGACCUACCCUGAAAAAAAAACAUUGCAGGAAUUUCAAACAUGAUUUUAAUAUAAGCCUUCUUUUUGAAAUAAGACCUGGCCAAUAACGCAAAAUUUUUUUUUUUUGAUCCAGUCGAUAGCAAGAAAUCUUUCAUAUUCGUUUUAAAGGAAUAUUAAUAUAGGUUUAGCAGUUGUUUUUAAAUAAAAACGUGUUAUUUAUAAGUAAAUGGAUAUCGGUCUUCAUAUUUUGUAUAUUUGAAAAAUUCGUAACUCUCUACUUUGUAAUUUUGUUUUUGAUAAAUAAAAGACAUACCCGCAGAAUAAGCUCUAGUGUUAUUUUCGAAAG